AUGCGUAUUCUUCCAAUAGUUAAUAAGGCCCGGAAGCCGAAAUUCGAGCUUCACCUUACUAUCUACGACUUAAAUAAUGUACCAUUGGUUGCCGGCACCUCUACGAUAAAAUGGUACCUUCCGAGCUCGAUACAUGGCGAGCAUCGCGGCCGUACGGCCAAGUGUUCCAUCGACAAGAUCAAUCAUCGCGUUGUCUAUAAUUAUUCUAAGAUCAUACCCUUGCGCAUCUCAAUCGAUCGCAAUAACAAUCUUUCCGAAUGCCCUAUCGAAUUCGAGGUGUUGCAGGAGUUUCCCAUGGUCCCCGGCGGUCGCGACGAGAAGAUUCCCCUCGGCGUUGUUAAGUUGAACCUAAGCGAAUAUGUCGAAGAAAGCGAAAACUUUCCUCGCCGGAGUAUAGGCGCGCGGGCCAGCGCAAGUCUGGAUCAUGCACGAGAGAAGAUCGGACAAGGCAUGUCGCACCGACGACAAAGCAGUAGCAAAUCGGGCAGUAUCACAGGAGGGACCAGUCCACUAAGCACAACAGCGCCGCCACUACCACACCCAGAGGAAAAUGACGUGGUAGACGAUGAGGCCGAAGAGGGCAUUGUCCGGCGAUACUUGAUGCAGGAAAGCAAGAUUAACAGCACACUUAAGAUUGGCAUCUUAAUGGUUCAGAUUGACGGUGAGCGUAACUACGUCGCGCCUCCCCUCAAGACGGCUCCUAUGUUCGGCGGUAUAGCCGGCAUCAUGACGGGUAGCGAGCAGGUCCCGGUCGAGGCACCCGAAGACGGGUCUACACCCCCCAGCACUAAAACUAACUCCGGCUCCCUCGGCAAGUCCCGAGAUGCCUCGGAGCUGCAGGACAUGUAUCGCCGCGCGCUAGCAGCAAGUUGGACUUGUCAACCCGGCGAGCUACCAGCUGACGAGUGCAUCGAGGACAUCUUCUCGGGUGGCGAUGGGUGGAGCGAUACUACGCGCCCCGGCUCUAAGCCCCCUACCCGCCGCAACCGCCUCUCGCAUUCUGGAUCCGUCGCCAGCAGCACCAGUAACAAUAGCGGCAACGUAAGUGACGACGAAGGCGUUGGUGGUAACACGUUACGGCCCGCCGAUAUCCGCCACAUGCGCCACCACCAUCUGCGCACUCGCAGCGGCGACAGCGAUCGCAGUUCUCCCACGCUAACGGGCGGGUUGCGCAGUAGUAGUACUAAUGGCCGCCAGGAAGGUGGGAGCGGACGACAUCCUCGGUACCGGGGACCCGGGAAGUCACUUAAAGAAGACGGCGGCGUAGACGGAGCAUCAGAUGGCGCACGCAGCCGCAGCGGGAGCUUAACAAGUCUAGCGCCAACACUAGGCAGUGACCGUGGGCGCGAGGGGUUCAGACGGCCGAAAGAAGUAGACGAGUACGAGGAGCGCGAGGACCUAGUCGCUUGGACGUUACCCGAGACCGUAGUAUAA